UCUGCGCAGCCCCAUACAGUCGAGCUGGUGUCGCACAUUUGGCGCGUCAUUUGUUGUAUGUCAAGUAAUGGCGGCGGAAGGUACAGAGGAGCUAAGCAACACCGAGGAACUUAAAAAUCCUCCAGGGUUUCAUGAGCCUGAGGCUGCAGGAUUUACCAAACCAGACGUAGAGCAGUCAGGCGAAACUGGUGGUGAUGGAGAAAACGCUGCACCCUACACGGCACAAGGAGAUGAGGAAGAGGCAGAUUUGCCUGCAGAUUUUGAGAAACUUUGGAAGCAGACCUGCGAAAACCCUCUGGAUUUCAACAGCUGGACCGAUCUCCUGCAGUAUUGUGAACAAGAGGGCCACUUGAGGGCAUGCCGUCAAGCCCUCAAUGGCUUUCUGGUGAGGUUCCCUCUGUGCUAUGGUUACUGGAAGAAAUAUUCAGAUAUUGAGAGGCGGGCUGGUCACAACACAAAAGCUGAGGAGGUGUGUGAACGAGGUUUGAAGGUCAUCCCUCUCAGUGUUGAUCUCUGGAUACAUUUCAUCAAUCUGCUGCUGGGAACUCUCAACAUGAACCUGCCUGAGUCAGCACAUCGCAUCCGCUGUGUGUUUGAGGAGGCAGUUGCAUCUGCUGGCUGGGACUUUCAUUCCGACAGACUCUGGGAUCUGUACGGUGAAUGGGAGAAGGAACAGGGAAACCUGAAGGCCAUGACCGCCGUCUAUGACCGAGUAUUAAUGAUCCCCACACAGCUCUACAACACGCACUAUGAGAAACUGAAAACUCACUUAACCUCCAACCCGCCUCGGGACACACUGUCCCCAGAGGAGUAUGAUAUGGUUAAAGCAGAGUAUAAACAGAGCCAGAUACAAACUAAAAAAGAGAAAUCUGAUAUCGCUGCCGAUGAAGAAGAGAGACCACCGGGAGAGGAAGAGCCUGCAGACAACGGCAAAGACUCGGAAGAAGCAGUGCAGAAGAUGCAAGAACUCGUUUUGGCCAGGAGAGAGGAACUGUACCAACACAAUGAAGCAGAAGUCAGGAAGAGAUGGAAUUUUGAAGAAGCUAUUAAAAGGCCUUAUUUUCACGUGAAGCCUCUGGACAAAGCCCAGUUAAAGGCUUGGCACAGUUAUCUGGACUGGGAAAUGGCAGAGGCUGAAUCAGCAGCGAUGAAUGCUGGAGGGACGUCUGUGGAGGGCGGUGAAGGUUCAAAAAAAGAGUAUGUGGCCAGUCAUGGGAGAGUACUGGUUCUGUUUGAGCGCUGUCUCAUUGCUUGUGCGCUUUAUGAGGAAUUCUGGAAAAAAUAUGUGCAUUACCUGGAACCAUAUGGUGUAGAAGAGGUUCGUAAUGUGUAUCGCAGAGCUUGUGGAAUCCACCUUCCAUACAAACACAGCAUCCAUCUUCAGUGGUCUGCAUUCGAGGAAAAACAUGGUAAUGUUUCAGAGGCACAGCGUAUCCUGGAGUCUAUGGAGAUGGUUUUACCUGGUUUGUCUGUGGUGCGUUUAAGGAGAGUCGGUCUGGAGAGGAGAGCAGGUCGUCUGGAUGUAGCCGAGUCACUGCUGAAGGAGUCUGUGGAACAGAGUAAAAACAAUCCCUCACUUCAUGCCUUCUACUCCAUUAAACUGUCCCGGUUCCUCCUCAAGCUAUGUAGGAACCCAGCGAGGGCCCGCACAGUUCUACAGGAGGCCAUAGAGAUCAGUCCGGAUAACUCUAGGCUUUAUCAGAACCUUCUGGAGCUGGAGGUUUCGGGUGAUCUGCGGGCAAAUGGAGGAGGGGUUCAGCAGUGUGUGGCCAAAGCUCUUGCAGCUCCGCUUUCCCCAAAGACCAAAAUUCGUUUCUCUCAACGUGGUCUGCAGUUUGCAGAGGAUUUUGGGACUUCGGUACAAAGUGUAUUGAGUAUGUACGAAGAGCACCAGAAGCUCCUAAAGGAACAUGAUGGAAAGAGGGGAGCAGAGAAUGGCGAUAACGAUGAUCCAGAGAAGAUGAGCAAAAUGGAUGAUGGAUCUGCCAUGGCGGUGCCCCCACAGACUGCGCCUCCCACUAUGCCUCACAUGCCAAUAACAACACCACCUCCUCCUAUGAUGGGCGGAGACGCGAGUGGGUCAUAUGGAAGUUACGGCAGCUGGUACCAGCAGUAUGGGGGAUACGGCAGCUACCAGAACCCUUGGAACCAGUACAACCAAUAUUAUCCUCCCAGCUAAACGCGCCUUGUUGUUAUCAUCUCUUAAUCAGUUUUUCUCCUAGAGGGAAAUCAUGGAAGGGUAUGUCAUUCCACCUCUGGACUUAUUGGUAGAUGGAUAUUCUGGUUCAUGCUUGGUUUUUAAGCAUUUAUAUGUAAAUUGAGUGACAUUUACUGAAUCCCUAAAUGUUUUAUGUGAAUAUGUUCUCAUUGACCAUUUUGUACAAUGUUGUUUUAAAAGAAUUUUACUUUAUUUUGUGCAGUCAAUGUUUUUUCAUUCAAAUA